UUUCUUCUGAAUGGGCAACUUGUGGAGAAGUGGAAAACAGCAAUAGCUAAAUCUGUUCCAUUGUUUAUACACGGAGCUGGAGAUGAUUUUACAAGUGCUGUCCAAAUAAAUAAAACAGAAGACAAAAACCCUCGCUAUAUUUUGAAAUUGCCAAGUAUUCCAAAAAAUUUGGAAGAAAUGAUUAUUGUUCGAUGUUGGUUAGGGCAGCUGUUUAAUUGUGCUUUUGCAUCUGUUGAUACUGAAUAUAUUAUAUUUAAUCCAGAAAUGAUUGAUUUAUUAUUUGAUAAUGACAAAACAAUGCUUAAACAAUUUCACGUUAAAGUCCUCUUUCUAUACGCUCAAAAAGGAAAUCCUAAUGAUAAUUCAAUUGAAAAUUUUUUCAACUUUGGUAAUGCUAGUAAUAAUUUAAUUGUAAAUUUUUUGGACUUUGGUUUAAAUCAUUCCGCAAUUUAUAAGAAGUUUGUCAUCAUUGAGCAAAGCAUUUCAGAGCUCCAUGCAAAUAUUUUAUUCAAUAUUAUAGUAAAUGAAGGCAAAAAAUUACCUGCAGUUUGUUUCGGUUAUUGUGAUUUUUCAAGUCUUUAUGAGCUUAUUGUUGAAUAUGUAACAACAUCCAAAGAUUUCUCAAAAAUGAUAUCCAAUGUUUGCCUACUCUAUGAUUUUAGCGAAAACAUUAAAUUGUCCGAGAAAGCAAAGAAUGUUGAAACUAAGCAAGUAAAUGACUCAAAAUCUACAGAAUACCAAAUUGUCAAUAUCUAUAAUCCAAAAGUUAAACUCUUAUUUGCCAAUGUUGAACAAGGAAAAUUUUUUCAUACUACGAUUAGAAAAAUUGAAGAGUAG